AUGAGCGAAGAGGCCAAAACAGAGUUGUCAUGUGGGGAGUACAGCAGGGGUGUCCCCUGGUACCCCCUGAAAAAAUGGUGGCAGUCCAGCCGGCUUUUCAGUCAGGAUGUUGGCCUGCCGCCUUUCCUGGAGCCAGGGGACCCUCGGUGGAUGGAUGUGGAAUGGCUCCAGAGGAGUUUGGCAGCCUGCUCCUGGCCAGGGUACAUACCCGCUCCGCUGUUUGUGCCCUACAUCUCUGGGUCGAUGCAUCAUCCCGGCCAGAAGAUUAGUAAGGAGCAGCACAAGUGGAGGGUCAGCCUGGACGUGGCUCACUUCUCCCCUUCGGAGAUUUCUCUCAGUGUCAGAGACGGAUUCCUGGAGAUCCGAGGGAAACACGAGGAGAGGCCAGACGAGCAUGGAUUUAUUGCCAGAUGUUUUACAAGGAAAUACAGGCUCCCAGCUGAGAUUGAUGCUACCAAAAUCGUAUCCACACUUUCUGUGGAUGGUAUUCUGACUGUGGAAGCUCCAGUUCCCGAAACCUCUGUUCCUGCUGCCUUCAUCCUUCCUAUAAAGGUGGAGAUGGAGUUGGCUGGAGAAAAACAGGAGAAAGAAGACGCCCCUGAUACAGACCAAGAUAGCUGCAGAGCACCAGAGGCCCCAGAUUUUCCAUCUGCAGAGACUGAGGGGGAAGAGUCUCCACCAGAGGUCCAUGGUGAUCAGGCGCACUCUGGCAGAGUCAUAGCCGGGCUUCAGCAGCAUGAAGGGAGGAGGGAACAGGAGGAGGAGACCCAUGACAAGGCAGCUGGAGAGUCCCACCCUUCAGUGCCUGCAGAUGACAAAGGCACAGAGAGUCUUGAAGAUUCUUCUAAACAUCACGAUCCACUGGAAAGCCAGGAAAGCCCAGACACAGACGUGUCCAAACAGCCAGAACACCAAGAACCAGUCGUGGAUGGAGAGAUCCAGGUAAUGGCAGGCUCAGGGGCGGCUGCUGAGGAGAACACCCAGCCUGAGGAGCCAGAGCUGGGCAUGAGUCCACCGAGCGAGGUGCUGAGCCAGGAGAUCGAAACUCCCGAGAUAAAACAAGAACACACCGAGUAGAAACAAAAAUAUCGCUUAGAAGUUGCACAUACCACAUAUUGACAAACUACUCAAACAGCUUGCAUAGCUUACCUCGCACCAGUUCUACAGAAGCAUUUUAGUCACUAGAUAUAAUAGCUAACCAUGCUGUCUUUGGA